UUUUUUUUUUUUUUUUGCUUGUUAGGCCCCUCUUACAACAAGCUUUCCCGGAGGCUUCUCGCGGCCCCGAAAUCGCCGCGCGUGAAUCGUCUCUCUCGACCAAUCAGCGUCCGAGGAUCGCGAGUGGGCGGAGCUUGGGGCUGCUCUUGUUUACAUCCGACGUGGGAACCUCAGUCGCAGCUGGUCGGCAGGAUGGAGCCUUACACACGGAAUUCCUUCGCGUUUUUAGGCCUUUUUAGUGUAUUAAUCUUCCUCGGACAUGGCCAAGAGGAUACGGGGUCGCUGGAGCUCGUGCAGAUGAUGUAUCGGCAUGGAGACAGAGCCCCAAUUACGUUAUAUCCAAACGACCCUUAUAAUGCAACGAUAUGGCAAAAUGGUCUCGGUCAGUUAACGAAGAGAGGAAAGGCCAUGCAAUAUGCACUAGGUCGAUGGCUAAGAAAUAGAUACAAAAACUUCAUAAGUGAAAAGUGGAUCCCAGAGGAGGUGUACGUCCGCAGCACAGACGUCGACCGCACCCUGAUGUCGGCCGCUUGCAACUUGGCCGCACUGUAUUACCCUGAGAAGCCAGCCCGCUUUGAGGAUGACGUGGCUUGGCUUCCCACGCCCAUUCACACCGCCCCACUUUCUGAAGAUUUGUUACUAAGCGUAGACCAAAGUUGCCCCAGGAUCCAGAAGGAACUGGUGCGUCAGGAGGAACUGCCGGUGGUGAAGAACGUUACGCAGGAGAGCCAAGAACUAUUCCAGUUCCUGACGGAGAAAUCUGGCCAGAACGUGACGACUAUACUGGAUGUUGAUUACUUGUACGACACUCUGCGGAUUGAGGCAUUAUAUAACCUCACACUGCCUGACUGGACCCACGAUGUCCUCCCAGCCAUGAAGGAACUCUCCGACUUCAGCUUCGAAAUCGUGGCAUUGUCUGAGGAACUGAAACGGUUAAGAGCUGGUCCAAUAAUUGGAGAAAUGAGCAAAAAUAUGCGCGAAAAGGUCGCCGGAAACACCCCACAGCAGAAGAUGUUUAUGUAUUCAGCCCAUGACACAACCUUGGCACAGCUGCUCCUUGGCUUGGGGGUGUUUAACAAUGUGGCUCCUCCCUAUGCCACCACGUUCAUUAUUGAGCUGCACAAGCAUAAUGAGAAUGAACAUUAUGUCAAGAUGUUCCUACGUAAUGACACCAAGAUUAUUGACCCACCAUAUGAGCUCCACCUGCCUGGGUGUUCUGACCCGUGCACCCUUGACGAUUGGCUAAGCAUCGCAAGUCAGGUCGUGCCAGAGAACUGGGCUGCUGAGUGCAAAUCCGACGAUGACGUGGUCGAAAUGGCAACUGAGACGUUAGUUGCAAUCUCCGCAGCUGUCUUCCUGGGUAUUCUUCUCCUUCUCCUGGUCAUCUACAAUCUCUGCCAGUGGAAACAAUCGAAGCAUUUCAACUACCAGAUCGUCCCAAACAACUUUACGUAGGACUGGGUUCCUCGGAGAGUGCAAAUCUGAUGCUUGCUCACACAGAAGGAAGGAAAGGCUUUGCAAAGUGGAAUUCAGAGCUUUGCAUAGAUGAGUGAAUGCGAUUUUGAGGAGAGGAUUAUAUCAAAAUUUCUACUUGUGGACUUUAACUCUUGUGAUAAAAAUAAGGAAAAAAUGGUCCACGGGUGUGAGGUGUUUUGCGUCAGUUAAGUGGGUGCAACAUGUUUCCACGUCCUGGAAUGAGUAGUUCGUAAAUGUUACUGGAACAUUUCAUUUAUCUCUAGGUAAUUUUUUUGAAGUGUCGCGAGAUUAUAUAUUUCUAUAUACAUAAUGCAUUGAAUGAGAUUUUAUUGUAAGUUAACCUUUGUGCCUCUUUUAUUUAGUCUGCCAAAUGUAGCUGCAAGUAUUUUUAUAAUGUUUCCUUUUUUCAUAAUUGUAUAAUUAUAUCAGUGGUAGUGUUGAAAUUAAUUAUGGGUGGAGAUAUAAAAUUCAUCUUCAGAAAUUCCAGAUUAGUUUAUAUAAUUUUUAUGCACAUUAUUCAUGAUUGUUUUUCUCCUUUUAGCCAUUCAGUGAAGAACAAAGUCCAUUCAGAGUGCCAUUGGAACUUACUCUUUUUUUUUUUUUUUUUUUUUUUAGUAUAAUUGAUAAAUGCAAGUUAAAAUUUCCAUUACUGUCAUACAGUGAAGGGGUUCCAUGUAGUUUUUUCCACAGCAUUACAGAGAUGCUGUAGUCUUUCAGAACUUCAUUAUGCAGUGUUGUUUCUAGUGAUCAAAACCAGUGCCAGUGAUUAUUGCUAGUGUUCCAGAAGAGGAAGGGGUAUUUGCAAUUUAUAUUCUCACUUGCUUGCUCUCCCUCUCUUGCCCUCACUCUCUCUCUCUUUUUCUCUCUUUAUCACCUUCUCUCUCUAUCCCUGUCUGUCUCUCUCCCUGUCCCUACCUACCCCUUCCCACAUGUCCUUCCAUUGUUGAUUCUGCAUUAAGGCAGAUCCAUAUAUAUUAUAAUGGUAAAUGACCCAUGAGUUCUGAGUUAUAAUCAAGAUGAAUGUUAGAAUCUGAGAAGAGAUUCACUAUUUCUGUUAAAUUUUCCGGCUGUUGACAUACUACCAUUUGCUGCAAAUGUUUCUCAAGUUUCAUAUGUGUACAAUAUAGGAUUGUGUGUGUGUGUGUGUGUGUGUGUGUGUGUGUGUGUGUGUGUGUGUGUGUGUGUGUGUGUGUGUGUGUGUGUGUGUGUGUGUG